CCGGAACGAUAUGGUUUCACCUUGGAUGCUGGCGUUGUGGAGGGACUCACGUUUGGUGUUUGAAAAUUGACAUUCAGAUGAAAGUUAAACCCCAUUUUAAGACCACAUUGCGUCUGUCUGCUCUGGAUAAAGAGAAGGAAAAUGAAAAGAGACGUCAGGAUACUUUUGCUGGGGGAACCCAAAGUUGGGAAGACGUCACUCAUCAUGUCUUUGGUUGGAGAGGAGUUCCCAGAAGAGGUUCCCCUCCGAGCUGAAGAGAUUACCAUCCCUGCUGACGUCACCCCAGAGAAGGUGCCCACACACAUAGUGGACUACUCAGAAACUCAACAGUCUGAUGAAGUCCUGAAAGAUGAGAUCAUCAAGGCCAAUGUGGUGUGUGUGGUGUAUGAUGUGACCAACGAGGACACAAUAGAAAAGAUCAAAACUAAAUGGAUUCCUUUAGUGAAUGGAGAUGCCGAGAAGGGGAACAAGGUUCCCAUCAUCCUAGUAGGAAACAAGUCAGAUCUUCGCUCCGGGAGCUCAAUGGAAACCAUUCUACCCAUCAUGAACCAGUUCUCUGAGAUUGAAACAUGUGUUGAGUGUUCUGCAAAGAAUCUGAAAAACAUUUCAGAGUUGUUUUACUACGCCCAGAAGGCUGUUCUCCACCCCACUGCCCCUCUUUAUGACCCUGAAGAUAAACAGCUAAAGCCCCCGUGUGUCCGAGCCCUCAGCCGAAUCUUCUGCAUUUCGGACCAGGACAAUGACCAUAUCCUCAGUGAUGCUGAACUCAACUGCUUUCAGAAAUCUUGUUUUGGGAACCCUCUGGCGCCUCAAGCCUUAGAAGAUGUAAAGACAGUUGUGUGGAAGAACACCAGCGAUGGUGUGCAGGAUAAUGGCCUCACCCUCAACGGUUUCUUGUUCCUUAAUACAUUAUUUAUCCAGAGAGGCCGACAUGAGACUACAUGGACAAUCCUCAGGAAGUUUGGUUAUGACGACACCCUUGAGCUGACAGACGACUACCUUUACCCAGAACUACGGGUUCCUGUGGGCUGCAGCUCAGAGCUCAAUCAUUUAGGUUACCAGUUCCUGCAGCGGCUGUUUGAAAAGUACGAUGAAGAUAAGGACUCUGCCCUGUCCCCCACAGAGCUGAAGAAUCUGUUUUGCGUAUUGCCCUACAUGCCAUGGGGUGCAGAGGUCUACGCAUCUGUCCCAACCACAGAUGAGGGCUAUAUUUCUCACCAUGGCUACCUUUGCCAGUGGACGCUUUCUGCAUACCUUGACAUUCAUCGUUGCCUGGAAUACCUAGGAUACCUAGGCUAUCCUAUCCUCACUGAGCAGGACUCACAGACUGCAGCAGUCACAGUGACACGGGAGAAAGAAGUGGACCUGGAGAAGGGCCAAACUCAGCGGUCAGUGUUUCUCUGCAAGGUGAUCGGACCACGGGGGACGGGCAAAACGGCCUUUCUCCAAGCCUUUGUGGGCCGCAGUGCUGUGAGUAAGGGAAAUUCCAGCAGUGCCUUCUCCCCUUACACCAUUAACACUGUCCAAGUCAGCAACCAGGAGAAGUAUCUUAUCCUCUAUGAGGUUGACGUGGAGACGGAGUUCCUGAAGGCAUCAGACGCUUCCUGUGAUGUUGCUUGUCUCAUGUACGACAGCAGUGAUCCACACUCCUUCGACUACUGUGCCAGUAUAUACAAGCAACACUAUAUGGAGAGCAACAUCCCAUGUGUGCUGGUGGCAUCCAAGGUGGACCUUCCUGAGGUCAAGCAGUUCCACGGGAUGACCCCUGCAGAGUUCUGUUACAAACACCGACUGCCUGCACCGCUGCCCUUCUCCAGCCUUUCCCUAGACUCCACCAGCAAGAAAAUCUACACCAGGCUUGCCUGGGCAGCAAUGUAUCCGCACCUGAAUGGCUCCGACAUGAGCAACACAUCAUUCUGGCUGCGAGUGGCGUUGGGUUCAGCCGUUGUUGCAGUCCUUGGCUUUGCCAUCUACAGAGCCUUUGCCCGACAAAAAUGACUGACCACCAACUGACCAGAGACCGCAUAUCUCUGUUCCUCAAACACACCCUCCAGCCUUCAACACCAAACCUCCAAGGGCGGCUCCAGAUCCACCAGUCUGCACUUGAUGGACUCUCAUCAUUUUAUUAUUUACCCCAAAGAUUUCCAGUCUCCUCUCCACCAUCCUCUGUUCCAGACUUCUUAGCUUCUCAGUUUCAAGCUUCUUCAUCUUACCUUCCGACUCACUUGAUGAUAAUAAUCUGGAAGCUGUUGAUGAUCAUAUCGUCCCAUUUCUCCCCUGCCCAGCUUGCUCCGCCUUACAUUGUCUAGCCGGGCUAAGCAUGAGCUAACCCCUCUGCUCAGUGCACUGAAGCACCAAGAGCUGCUACUGUUGAUGUCCAAAUGGGUGCUUUAUGAAAGGGGAGGAGAUGCAGGAAGACUUUGUGUCAAGUGUAUUGCUUUCCCUUCACCUAUCUGUUAAGUUUUCAGGGUGAGAUAGGAGAAAUGUUUUUUUCUACAUAAAGUCUCUCCUAAGCAAAACAGAAAAAAGCCAAAUUGUGAAUGGAGGAUCAUACCGAACCAUAGACUCCUCAACAACCAAAGGGCAGCAUGAAUAGUUUGUAACAGUCAGUAUUCCAAAUUGUUUUGGGAAACGACUUACGACAUGAUGUCACUGUUGUUCAGACCUGAGCCUCAGAGUGCACCUGUAACACAACAGUGACGUCCACCUGGAAACAUCCUGAGUGGCUGCUGCUGAACAACUUCCUGAAACUCCUCACUGAAUAAGACCAUCUUCCCUUUGACCAAGCCACCACCGCUGAUUACUGAUGUUAAAAUCAAAUUUGCCAAAUACUCAAGCAUCUUGCAGCAAUGAAUACUCAUAGUGAUUUGCCCUUCGGGGCAUUUGAGUACAUCUAUGACUGAAGCAUUUUAAGAAACUCAAAUCUGAUCAUUUAUAUAUAGUUUUUAGCUGUUUGUCUCCCACUGAUCUGCCGUGAUCGUGGCUUGUCAGGGAGAAAUUUUCUUUGUGCAUGAAGAAAAAUUGCUCUUUUGUAUUUGAAAGAUAAAGUGGUGCAUACAUUUUUAAUGCAUCUGCAAGAAAAAAAUAGAAAAAUAUUUUUCUCAUAUCAGAAUUAUACCUUGCCUGUGCAGGCAAGCCUUAAAAAUGAGAAACUGCUAAAGAAAUAUGUGCUCCCCUUUAUCUCUGCUUAACCUGAAUUAAUCUCCUGACAUUGAUUUGGGUUUGAUCAAAAUAUUAAUUUUAGUGAAACCCAGGCUAGAUUGCUGGUAAGUGCUAUUUUGGUGUGCAUACACCCGUCUGUGCUGAUCCUUGGAUCUCAUUUCUGUCCUUGUGUUUUUUUUUUUUCCAACCUGGGACUCUCAUAUAUUUCUUUGGUUAAUUCAGCUGGGGACCAGCUGUUUGCACAGGAUAUAAUUUCUGUGACUCAAACUGGCUAUUGCUGACAGAAAGUGAACUUAACUAGAUGCUUACUUAAUAAAACAGACCAGACCGGUGA